ACGGUGGCAGUAGCGACGAUAGCGGUGCCGAGACGGCGGCAGCUGCGGUAGCCGCAGCAGCAGCACCAGCUCUGUCGAGUCGAAUCGUUCGCCAACGCGACUGAAUUCGGACAAUUUAUAAAUAGUAGAAGUUCUCGCACGGGCGCGCGCGCGCGCGCGCGCGACGCGGACAAUCGAGGAUUCGCGGGGAUGAUGCGCGAGGAGAGUGAUUCAAAGUGUCCCGAGAUGAUUGCUAAUCGGCCCUCGGCACUACCGAUAAUAUCGCUCGAUGCGCCCAGGGCUCAAAAAAAAUAUCAUAACUAAACAGUCAAUCGACGACACGUCAAUAUUCUUUUUUCCGUUUCUUCCGUCGCAAAAACAUCAUCUUGUAGCGGAAGAUGUACUUUUUCACUGACUGAGCCGAGAAGAAGAGAGACAAUAAAAGAUUAACAGGCUCUCGUCUUGGAGCUUUAGUUCGUGAUCUUAGGGAUUAUGGUUGGCGAUACUUUAAUUCCGGAUAUGUGCCGAUAUCCAGUAAACGAAGAUCAUGAACGAAAGAUUCGUUAUUUACGAAAGAUCAGGAUGCUUGCCAAGAGAUCACAUAAUUACGAAGAAAUAAAGUCAACUUUAAUUCUUUUUAUGUUACGUUUUACCGGAUUAAAUAUGCUUUGCUACAUAGCGAUCCGAGAACAUAGAAUUGCCUGGCACGAGUGAGAAAAAAUCUUUGAAAUAAGUUACGUCGUAAAAUUCAAGCUAUUGGUUUCUGAUGGAAAUGACCGCAACGAUAACAAUAACAAUGACGAGGAUGACGACGACGACGACGACGAUAGUGGCGAAAAUGAAGCAACAGAGGCUGCAGGAAUAGAGAAGGACCACGAAGUCAAAGAAAUUUGUCAAACUGGCGCCUUUCAAGCUACGUUUCUCAAAGAUGCUGAAAUCGCGAAAUUCCGACAAUAGUCGCAACAAUAGUGUAGAAUUUGAGGAACAACAACAACAAAUUAAUCAAUCAUUGUCGUCGGGAAUAAACGAGUUUACAGAUGCACCUGAAGCGGAAACGGACAAGAAUUGUUUAUCGAUUCGAGAAGAACAGAUGAUACCUAACUCGCCUCCGCCUUCCUAUGAACACGUCCUUGAAGAGACACGAAUGGAAUCAUCAGCCAUUGCACUACGAGAGACAAAGCAGGAAGACGAGAAGAAACGGGCUCUCCGUAAAGAAAAGAGCAUGGAGAACACUGAAGAUGGUGAUGAGGAUGAUGAUGACAAUGGCGGUCCUGGAGGUGGGGACAAAAAAUCAGCCAAAACACCCAAGAUACUUCACAAAUCGAGCAAAGAAUUCUACAAAGCAAUGGCCAAACAGUGGGGCAUAACUUGCAAAAUGAGCGAUCAUUGUAGAUGUCUAGAUUGUCAGAGCCACUACUUUGACUGCGACUAUGAAAAGGGUGAAGAUAAGGGUGAUGGCGGCCUCAGCGCCGGUACGCCGAUGUUCAUCUCCGAGGUGAUGCACGGCACUGCCUGCGCUCUUCUGUAAACCGCCAUUUCUUCCGGUUCCGUUUAUUCUCUCAACGGACCAGACAUCUACCUGAUUAUAACACGCACAAAAUGGCAAUCGGCGCUAAAAAAAAACGACAAGGAAGUAUCGACGAAAGCCUCAUGUCACAUGUAUGCAUUUAUAUAUUUUAUUAUGUAUAAAAUAUCUAAUGCUGCGCAAAGAGAGGGAAAGACACCCUGGUGCAAUUCGACGUUUUUAUUUUCUUAGCAUUCGAUAUAAAUCAGUGUGUGUUACUGUCUAUGAUUGUAUUGCGAAAUAUUAGACGGCAUAAGCCGCUUGCAAAUAUAAUAUGUAAUGUUUGCAAAAUUAUUUUCAAUAUUUGUGACAACUACAUUGACAUUCUCAACGCAAUUAUUUAUUCUUAUUGUGACUGCUCGUAAAGUUUAAAUAUAGAGAGAGCACAUUGAUUAUUAUAGCGUUUGCUUUAUUGCUAUCAAUUAUAUUGCGCUCAUUUCAAUCAAACUUUUACAAUAGAGCUAUGAUGGACAUGAAAGAAUGAAUACAUCUUGAUCCAUCAUUUAUAUAAUAUUAUUGCGUUUUGGACUGUCAUUAUUUGAAAAUCUGAUGAUGAUAUAUCUUAUAGUUUUGCAAUAUAUAUUCUCAUAUAAAUUUCUAUAAUACUUUGAUAUUUUUCUCUUGGGUUUGAAGAUACAAGGAAUUGUAUACAAUUUAAGCAAGCUUGAAAAAAUUAAUUAUGCCAAUUUUAUUUAACACAAACAUAUAUGUUCUAUGAUUGGCACAUGCUUUAGCAUAUUAUAUGACGUGCUAUAUAAAAGAAUUUGUAUAACAAUAUGAAAAAUUAUUAAUUAAUUUCAAGUCUGCAUACACACAAUCUGCACAUGCACGCAAUACGUCAGCUUCAUCAUUGACCAAUAUAUUGGCAUAUUAGAUAGGAUGACAUCACACAUACAUGUAUACACACAACACGCGCGCACACAUAUAUAAAAUCAAAAUUUUCGUCAUGAAGAUUACUUUAUAUUGAAAUUGUUUUUAUGUUAAUGGCUUUACAAAUUAUUUUAUAUGACAAGCAUACCCACAUUGAAAAUCGAAACAUGCAAUUUAUAAUAGCCGGCCUAUUUCUCAAUGCCGUAAUUUCCAACAUAGAAUUAUUAAUCCAGAGUUGGACAUUUUUAGCCUACUUUUUAAGCUUUGUAUGUAUACUUUUAUUAAAGAAAGUUUUAAUAGUACGUAUACUGACAUACAUGUAAGAUAUAAUCGGAAGCAUUUCAAUAUAAAGUAUUUAUAAAGAUAUUUUAUUAUAGGCGAAUUUCUCUUUUAGCAAAUAAUUAAAUUAUAUAAUUGCAAAAAGAUCUUUUUUUCAAGAUAUAUGACAGAGAAAUUUUUCAUAAAUAUAAACGCACGUAAUUAAUUCGAUUGUAGUAUGCUAUGUGAAUGCUGGAAGAUAAAAAUUUAUUAUUAAAGAGGAUAUUGUUUUCAGAGCUUUUAUAUUAUUGUUUACGCUAGGAAAUGAUAAAAAAGAAAUAAUCGUAUUGCUUUGUUACAGUACACGCGCAGAACAGGAUCUAAUCCUUUGUAAAGCUCUUUUUAAAAAAAUGAGUGUUAAAGAGCAUUAAAAAUUUCUUAUCUUCUGCCCAGGAGAGAAUAGCUAAAUAACUAACAAUUCUAAAAGUAGUGGUUUUUUCUAUGAAGAAUGUUCGAGAAAAUCGAAACUCAUGAAACACAUGAAAGUAUUCUAGAUCAAGCCCACGAAUGAGGCCACAAUGUUAUUGUAAUGUAAAUUCAUAAUGGGCAAAGUAGUGAAACAGUAAUCGAAGAAUUCCAACAAUAUAAUACAAUGUACCUGCCUAUAUUUGUUUUUAUAAAAAUCAUUUUUUUUUACAGCAAAAGGAAAACAUUUAUACUGGUGUAGUUACAGUUACGCACUUUGAAUACAUGAUAUUACCAUUUGUUAUUUCAUAUAGCGAGAAAUAUUAAUAAGUAAACCCCGAGAAAUAUUUAUAUUUUAAUUACAAUUUUUUUAAGCCUCAAAUACAUUUAAUCUAAAAAUCCACGUAAAUAUUCAAUGUAUACCAAUCAUGUAAGUACGCAUGCGAGAGCUUUUUUUCUCACGACAGCCUAUUAUAUUUUAAAAUGUUAAAACAACGAAAUAUUUUACAUUAUUAGUUUUUUUACUAGAAAUAUGUUAUACACAAAUUGUGUUUCUUUAUUCUAUAACUUCUCUCUCUCUUUUUUUUCUUGUACAUGCGUGCGUGCAUGCAUGUGUACGUAUACCGAGUAUACAUAUAUGUAUAUAGAGAGACAAGCUAAAAAAUAAUAAAUAAAAAUAUGUGCAAUCUCUAGAACGCAAAAAAAAAAUUUAAUCAAUCGAUUAGAAUGCGAGAAAAGACAAAGUGACUGCUUAACUUCGGUGCUUCCGAUUAGCCUUAUCAUGGGUAAAAAAGGUAUCCAUGCCAUAUAAAACAGUUUUCAAUUGCAUAAACAAAUCAUUAAUUAUUCUUACGAUCUGGGGAAUAUUUAUUACUCGACUUGUGAGAUUUGCGAAUUAUUUUUUAACAUUUUGCAAAUAAAGUGUGUCUUGCGUGAUCACAUAUUUGUAUCAUAUAUAAAAUCAUAUAUAAAAUCCGAAGAAUGAAAAAAUGACCAGCAUUAUUAUAUAGAUAGUUAUACUAUAUGGGAAGCACAUCAAGAAUGAUAUUGUCAAUAAAGCAUUCUUCGGAUUUCAUUUAUAGAUUAAUCUAACAGAUUCGGAAAGUUCAUCUUUUCUACAGAAUAGGAAAAAUUUAGUUGUGGGUACCAUUGUUCUUCACGUAUACACGCAAUAAAUUAAUUUCUAACAGGAAAUAUUUAAGUCUCAGAGCCUGUCAACUGUCAUUUACACUUUUAUAUAUGUCAUUCUCAGUAUGUAUACUUUGUCCGCCUUUAAAUAUAUUUCGAAGUAUUAUAUAUAUAUAUAUAUAUAUAUAUAUAUAUAUAUAUAUAUAUAUACACAUAUACAUAUAGUGAAUCUGUCUCUCUGAUACAAUGUUUAUGUAAUAGCCAAUAUUCAAAUAUUUAAUAGGCAUUUGUAAAACAAUGUUAUUGAAAGAAUGCGCAUCUCUUUUGCGUAUUGGACCAUAACUUUACAUUCGCACUAAGUUCGGAAAUUGUAAUAAAUCUGAGCGCAUACACAAUAUAUUAAAGUCUACAAAAAAGGAAUGUCAACAAUCGACAUUGUAUAUUGCGAUAACUGUCAAUUAGUCAUAUUUUUUAGUAGAUUACUGAAUUAAAUGAAUUUGAGAGAGUAAAAAUAGAAGGAAGAAUAUGUUAUACACGAAAAUACACACUACAUACAGCUAAAGUCGAUCAGAAUGUCAAUUUGGUCAUAAUUGGGCAUAAUUUGUUUAGCAAGUGUAUCUGUUAAUAUAAAUACUUAGGAAAUAUGUCGCGGCGUGAAACUGUUCUUACAGUAAAUCGGUCGCUUGAAAUCAUGGAUAAAAUAACAUUGUAAGAUCUAGUCAACAUGUGUAUGCAAAAAAUAUAAUAUUUAUUCUAUGUAUGUA